CGCCGCGCCUUCAUUGAAAAGUAGCGCGCGGCCACAAGGCGUCCUUGAUCGCCGCUGAAGUGAGACGGAGCGAAGAUUAAAGGUUCCCGUUAAGGGCGAUUUGUGGGUUUUUUCCACGUUAACGUAAGACACCGGGAGAGUUCUAGUAGGUCACCGUAGCAUCCAAACGGGUCACGGGUGUUUUACACGUGUGGGGCGUGGAACCGAACUGCUGCCUCGGAGGAGGAGGAGGUGGAGGACGAGCAUCACAGCAUAAAUUUGGAGCCAGAGCCGACAAUCCGGCUGUGCAGGUUUAUUCUACAACACUAUCACCAAACUACCGGAAACAAAAACACAUCAGACUUUCUUCUUCCUCGUCUAUCUUCGUGAAGUGGCCCUUUAAGCUUCCGGUUGUGUGGUCGUGAUGCCGGGAUUUUUCUUCUAGGCUUUACUAAACCAAAGGACGGCAACAGUCUCACUCCAAGUGGAUUACCGUGUGUUUGACCACUCAGUGGACCCCCCUGCAAACCAAAGCUUUCGUUUUCUUCUAUCUCAUAACAACACUCCCUAGCUGUGAGCUUUAAAAUCUGUUCAAAAUGACUGUUGGGAUGGAAGCGGCGGACAUAGCGGUGGUGGCCCUGUAUUUUGUCCUGGUGAUGGUCAUCGGGCUUUUUGCCAUGUGGAAGGCCAACCGCAGCACUGUGAGUGGCUACUUCCUGGCGGGACGUUCCAUGACGUGGGCGGUGAUAGGCGCUUCCCUCUUCGUCAGUAACAUCGGCAGUGAACAUUUCAUCGGGCUGGCUGGGUCGGGAGCGGCUAGCGGCUUUGCUGUUGCAGCCUGGGAAUUCAACGCACUUUUACUACUGCAGCUGCUCGGUUGGGUGUUUAUCCCCGUGUAUAUCCACUCAGGAGUCUUCACCAUGCCGGCGUACCUGUCAAAACGCUUUGGGGGCAACAGGCUGAAAGUGUAUUUUGCCUGUUUGUCUGUGCUUCUUUAUGUUUUUACCAAGCUGUCUGUGGAUUUGUACGCUGGAGCGCUCUUCAUCCAGGAGUCUCUGGGGUGGAAUCUGUAUUUGUCCAUCCUUCUCCUCAUCGGGAUGACUGCCUUGCUCACUGUCACUGGCGGGCUGGUGGCAGUGCUGUACACUGACGCCCUGCAGGCGGUGUUGAUGAUAGGAGGAGCUCUAACCCUAACCACCAUCAGUCUGAUCAAAGUUGGAGGACUAGAAGGAGUCAGAACUAAAUACAUGGAAGCAAUUCCUAAUGUCACUGCCAUAACAGCUGCAGGAAACUACACGUACUCGCCUUCCUGUCGCAUUCAUCCCAAACCAAACUCGCUGAGCAUCCUUCGCGGCCCCCUGGACGAAGACAUCCCGUGGCCAGGCUUCCUUCUCGGUCAGACUCCUGCUUCGAUUUGGUACUGGUGUGCCGAUCAAGUCAUAGUUCAGAGAGUGCUGGCGGCAAAGAACAUCGCUCACGCAAAAGGCUCAACCCUCAUGGCGGGGUUUCUCAAGGUCCUGCCCAUGUUUCUGAUCGUCAUUCCGGGGAUGAUCUCCCGCAUCUUGUUUGCGGAUGAGAUUGCGUGCAUCGGGCCAGAGCACUGCAUGGCCGUGUGUGGGUCAACAGCCGGCUGCUCCAACAUCGCCUACCCGCGGCUGGUCAUGGCGGUGAUGCCCGUGGGACUGAGGGGUCUAAUGAUGGCGGUAAUGAUAGCGGCUCUGAUGAGCGACCUCGACUCCAUCUUCAACAGCGCCAGCACCAUCUUCACGCUGGACAUUUACCAGACUUUUCGCAAGAAGGCGUCCCAGCGGGAAUUGCUGGCCGUGGGCCGCAUGUUCGUGGUGAUCAUGGUGGUCAUCAGCAUCGCCUGGGUCCCUGUUAUCAUUGAGAUGCAGGGCGGACAGACAUAUCUCUACAUUCAAGAAGUUGCUGGCUACCUCACUCCACCCAUUGCCGCCCUUUUUCUGUUGGGCGUGUUCUGGAAACGGUGUAACGAGAAAGGUGCCUUCUGGGGAGGCAUGACGGGUUUCACUCUCGGCACCAUUCGACUGAUUCUAGCGUUCGUCUACCGCCAGCCUCGCUGUGACCAGCCAGACGACCGUCCUGCCUUUAUCACCCACAUCCAUUACAUGUAUUUUGCAGCUGGGUUGUUCUGGAUUUCAGGACUGGUGGCGGUGGUGGUCAGUCUGCUCACCGCUCCACCCGACGAGGAGCAGACUGUCACAACCACCAUCUGGGGGCUCCGCAACAUCGAGAAGGUUCCAAUGAAGAAUCGAAGCGACAUCUAUAGACUAGCGGAGAAAAACCACUGCAACGGCAUUGGAAGUCUCCACAAAGAGAUGCCCGUAGAUGUCAAAAACGACCGGUUUUUGGACGGGGCUGACAUCAAACUCCUGGUCCCGUCUACGGACCACGACCCAGCCACCCCCAGCACAGAAACGUCUCCCGCCACCACUCCUUCUGAACACCACGCCAACGCGCAGAUGGAAACCAUCCGAGCAGAAGAGGGCCGUGUAGGCCGAAAGCAGAGAAAUCCGUUGAUGCGAUUUCUGGACUGUUUUUGUGGAAACGACGAAGGAGCUCAAGGCUCGCAGCAGCAGAAAGUGGGGCAGGAGGACGAAAAACAUAUCGGAGAGAUGCUUUACGAGCCCCCGAUGGUCAAACUCGUCCUCAACGGGGGCUUGAUACUCGUCUGCUCUUUGGGGAUCUUCAUGUUUGUGUAUUUCUCGCUGUAGUUGAACACUAAAGUGAAGCAGCGGUGAAAGUGGAAGGCAUGUGUUGAGUUCUUGACUGUUACAGUUGAAAAUUCGAGAAAGUCUUUCUGUAAUAUUUACAGUUUGUAGCUCUUAAACAGGGAUCAAAGUUUAUUCUCUAGAUGAGAGAAGCUAAUCCACGUAAAAAUUCUUUAAUCUGAUUUCAAAAUACUCACUGGGAUUAUUUAUGUGAAUUUAAUAUUUGCCUUAUUUACUUUUAUAGUUAAUUUUCUGUUAUAUAUAUAAAAAUCCAUUGACUGAAGUGUUUUUCAGAUUAACAGUGAUUUUUAAUUUUUGUUUGCUAGUGUAGGACUUUUAAUUUUCUCUUUAGCUGUUGAGGUAAAGCAUAAUCCGAUCAUCUCUGAAGAGAGAACAGCUAUUUUCUGUUUUACUGAAAACAAAAUAACCAAAUUUCAACUAGCCUUUUGAAUGUCAUACAUUUUUAGCUUGUUAAUAAAAUUAACAGUUUUGUAUCGGUUUGCAGCUCAACAAAGACUAAAAAAGCACAAUAUAAGAAAUAAAUACUAAUUUUUUGGGGGCAAAAUUUGGAUUAACCAAAUUCCAGUCAUAUCUGGAACUUCAGAGCUACUUUAAAAGUUUACUACUGUGUUUUUAUUCUUACUGCUGUUGUUUUUUAAGCAUUGUUGUGGCUGCAUUCUAGAGUUUUUAACCAAAAUACAGCUGUUUGUGCACUAUUUUAUCCUAACAAAAAGCUGCAAUUACCAAUGCUCUUGGUUGUGUGUCAAUGUCGAUUUUUACGUUUUUAUUUUUAUUUUUUUGUGUGCGUUCCUCUCCAUUCUAAAGUCUGCCCUGUUGGAUGUAUUAAGUUCUCGUUUUGAACAUAUUUCAGGUCUCAUUGCGUCAACCGUUUGUGUAUGUGUCGUGUAUUAUUGCUCGUUCUUUAAAGUGCAUUUUUCUAUAAUCCUCCUACCAAAUGUGUCUUGGUGUGCAAUGCUAUUGAGAAAGAAGAAAAAUAAGAACAUAAAAGUGAAAAUGUUUAUUGUUUCAAUUCUUUUAGUCAUUUAAUACGAUUGUUUUUAAGCCAUAUAUUUGCUUAGGUCUAUUUGUUUUUUAAAAACAAUUAUUCAGAGAAGACAUUUCUGUAAAAUGUGCAGCUCCGGAGCAGUUUAGUCAUGAAGUCUGUGUCCACAUUCCAACACCUGCAGAAGACACAGCAAGUGGAGAAAAUAAUAAUAAAAAAGAGGGUUGUAUUAGUAUGACUGAGUAGUCAGAAUGUGAGGGGUCAGGUGCCGUCUGUGUUGGGUGUAAAUGAGGCUCAACACCAUAGAUGACAGCUGUUAGUGAAGAGCUUUAAAUUUCUUUGAUUUGUUCUUGUUUUUAUGGAUUUUAUUUUUAGAAACUGAAAAUAAAGUUUUUGUGAAGACAGA